AUGGGUGGACCCGGUGGCUGUCACUUGUUCCCGGGCACUUUGCAAGGAUAUGCUUUGGAAUGGUUCGCUAAGCUUCCAGAGAAAAGCAUCCAAGACUAUGCAGACUUAAAGAAGAAAUUCAUAGCUCAGUUUGUCCAACAAAAGAAGCGCCAGAGAAGUCACUUGGAAGCUCACCUAAUUAAACAGAGAGAAAGCGAGUCACUAAGGAAUUUUAUCACAGGAUACACCGAGGAAUGCCAGAAGAUACCGGGUCUCCCUGAAAGUCAACAAGUCUCAGGUUUCACCUUGGCACUGCUCCCUGGCGAACUCCAGGAUGAACUAAGCAAGAGAAUCCCAUUGACAUUUCAAGAAGCUAUUGAUAAGGCAUUCGACUUCAUUCGCUCCAAAGAGACUACCUCACUAGUGAGAGGUAUCGCAAAGAAAGAAAAAUUUGGGAGAGGAUUGGCUAGUGAGGAACAUAAAGAGGAACAUCUGGAUCGGGAGGAAAGGUUUCAACAAUACAUCAAAGACAUAUCAAUUGUUAACUUGGUCAAAUGCCCAAGAGAUCUUCUGAACACUGAGACAGUGUGUACUACUUUCAAACCUCCCUCACCAAUGGCCUUCAAGUCUGGAAAAAAGAACAUGAAUCAAUAUUGUGAAUUCCACGAGGAUCAUGGACAUGAUACUAAUGCAUAUAGACAGCUAAAGUGGGAGAUCAAGAGGGCAUUGGAUGAAGGGAAGCUUGAACACUUAGUCCCAGGAGCUAAGCAGACAAGGAAGACUUUUGCAUGGCAAAGGAAGGUGGUGGAGGAGGAUGACGAUCCAGGAGAGCCUGAGGUCCAUGUAUACAUGGUCCAUGAAUAA